GGGGUUCAAUGGUGAAAAAGAAAGUCAGUCAGUCACCAAGUCCCGCCUUCUGAGAUUGGCGGGUAACCUAGCAACGCGAGGACCGAGAAACCACUGUGGAGGAGAGGUCCUGGAGCCUACGGAACACGUGAAUGAAAGGCCGGGAAGGGGUGGAGGGUUGCUGGGGACAGAAAGCACAUCAAGAGGGCACGCAGAGACAUGGCUGCCCCGGACACAGCCUCAGACAUCCUGGCCUCGGGCCCCGUCUGCCAAGCCGCUGACAUCAGCCGAAUCCCACUGAAGACAGAGCUCUGUCCGAAGCCUGCCGAGCCCCUGAAACCCUUGGUCCCCUCCAAGUCCAAACUGGCCACCAUCGAGGCCAAGAGGAUCAUGUCCGUCCUGGAUGAGGCCAUCUACAAGGUGGAGCUGGUCACCCUGCUGUGUGACAUGGUGGGCCACCCGGAGGCCCUGGUGGAGAUGCGCGAGGACCUUGCAGGGGCACUGAGGGAGCACGGGGCCCUCUGCCAGGCCCUGCAGGACAGUGUGGGCAGCCUGCAGGAGAAAGCACGGCGGCUGCAGGAGGAGGAGGAUGCCGAGGAGGCCUGGCUCUAUGACCAUCGCCUCUCCAUGGAGCUGCACAAAGCCAGCCUCCCGAUGCUCAUGCAGCAGGUCAGGGACUCCACCAAGAACAUCCUGAGGCUCUUGGCCAGCGACCCGCAGGCCACCAAGUUCCUGCAGAUGCAGGCGUUUCGCAGGAGCACAGGGGCCCAGCGCUUUAUGGAGGGCCUGGUGGAGCUGCGGGGUUUCCUGUUCGAGAAACUCCUCACCAGCCCCAUGCAGGCCCGGGAGAAGGCCCAGUUCUUGCAGGACAUCAGCAGACGGAACCAGAGGAACCAGGAGGCCAUCGACAUACUCCAGAAAGAACUGGCAUCGAGGCAGAAGAACAGGGAUGCAGAGGUGGAGAAGGAGAACUUCGUGAUCCAGGAGCUGAAGAACCACCUGCACCAAGUGCUCAAGCUCUCGGAGCACAGCCUGCUGCGCACCAGGCAGGAGGCGGAGAGGCAGCAGAAGGCGGACUUCCGCGCCUCGCAGGCCCGGCUGGCCAAGACGCAGCAGGAGAUCCUGGUGCUGCGCUCCCAGUACCACAACCUGGUGUCCGAGAACCACGAGGCAGAGCAGGCCCUGCGCAAGAAAAAAUAUAAAGUGGAGACAGAAGUUGAGAACUGGAUCCAAAAAUACGACAUGGAGAUGAGUGAAAAGCAGGAGGAGAUCGAGGACCUGGAGACGGUCCACCUCGAGGAGAAGCUGCAGCUGGAGGAGCUGAAGCAGCGGUACGAGGUGCUGGUGGAGGAGUUCAACCAGAUCCGGGCCGAGCGCGAGAUCAGCUCCAAGAAGAGGCUGGAGGCGGAGCGCGAGAUGCUGCGCAUGGUGCGGGCAGCCACACUGAUCCAGGCCGUGUGGAAGGGCUACCUGGUGCGCUCCAUGCUGCGCUUCAAGAAGAGGAAGAAGCGGGGCAAGGGCCAGGGCAAGGGCAAGGGCAAGAAGUGAGCGCCCCCUGCUGGUCUCGGGCUUCAGUGACUCUUUUCAAAUGAAAAGAAUUUAAAGUUUUACAUCA